AUGAGCAAUUUUACUUCUGUGUCUACAUUUCUUUUGUGCGAAUUCUCGGAAGUACAAGAGCUACAAAUCUUGUACUUCUUUCUGUUUCUAGCAUUGUACUUGACAUCCAUAACUGGGAAUCUUCUCAUCAUUGCUGCAGUAGCCUUAGACCACCACCUUCAUACACCAAUGUACUUUUUCCUAUCAAACUUGGCCAUGAUGGACAUUGGGUCUGUUUCUGUCAUUGUACCCAUAUCUAUGACCAAUUCCGUUAUGAACAAUUGGUCAAUUUCUUAUUCUGGAUGUGUAGCUCAAGUUUUCUUUUAUAUCUUCUUUGCAUCAUCAGAUUUUUUCCUUCUAACUGUAAUGGCACAUGAUCGCUAUGUUGCCAUUUGCAACCCAUUACAAUAUGAGACAAUAAUGCAUAAAGGAGCCUGCCUUCAAAUGUCAGUCAUUGUGUGGAUUAGUAGUCUUCUUUGUGCCAUGUUACAUACUUGUGGAACCUUUGCAAACACCUUCUGUUCUAAUGCUGUCAAUCAAUUCUUCUGUGAAAUCCCAAAGUUACUGAAGCUCUCCUGCUCUGACUUUUAUUUAGUUGAAGUUGGGGUUAUUGUUCUAGGGAGUUUUAUGGGACUAGGAUGCUUCAUUUUUAUCAUUAUAACAUACAUUCAGAUAUUUUCUACAGUGCUCAGAAUUCCUUCUGCUCAUGGCAAGAAAAAAGCUUUCUCCACUUGCCUUCCCCACCUCACUGUUGUCUCGAUGUUCACGUUCAGUGGAUUGUUUGCCUAUACAAGGCCUCCCACUAAUGCUCGUUCUGAUCUAGAUAUACCUUUUGCCAUGAUAUACAUCAUUAUUCCUCCUAUGCUGAAUCCGUUUAUCUACUGCAUGAGAAACAAAGAGCUAAAGACUGCUUUGUGGAAAUUCUUACAUUUUGGAGAUUCUUCUCAAACGAUAUUUAGAGUUCUUUGA